UGUGUGCAUGUGUGUGUGUGUGCGCGUCUGUGUGGGUGUGCGUGCGUGUGUCUGUUUCUGGAGGAAGGGCCCUGGUGGUCAAAAGUAGUGCACUAUAUAAGGAAUAGGGUGCCAUUUGGCAUGCAAGCUCAGUAGACGGAGGGCUGGGGCUGUAGACUAAUGAGGCUGAAAAUAGAGAAAGAGAACCAGUCCAUAGAGAAUGAGAGCCAGUGGGUGACGACCCGUCAAGAGUGUGUGUGUCUGUAUCGGUGUGUGUGUGCCUUGUGUAAUAAAUCCCAUCUACAAUUCAAUCCAAUUACGCAUUACAAUAUGUAUUUCUAUUGAAAGUAUCUGGUGUUCUAAAAAACAAAUCCUCAAAUAAAGGGGUAAUAUGAAUGUCCCCUCCUCACUGUAACGUCCAUCCCGGUCACACUAACCUGGCUCCUACCUCUGUUCUGUUUGAACUAGCAUGACCACACAGAUAACAGGAUCACUAUCAGCUGUCUGUCAGGGAGAGAAAGGGAGAAAAAAAUUGACAAAAUGAAAAUGUACUACAAGUGUAUUUUUGCCCUGUCACAUUUAUUGAGGAUCCAGAGAGAGAGAGAGGGGAAGAGAGAGUCUCACAACUUAUUGGCACAUUGUGAAAAAACAAAGUAAGUAAUGCAUUAGUCAUCCUGCUGCUGCUUCAUACUGGGAAUGUUGGAGCGGUGGGCCUUCAAUAAUAUAUUGAUUCUCUUUAGCAGUGCUUGAUUCUCAGGGUAGCUAACUGGAAUCACGUUGUGUCUGUGCUUUGAUGAGGAGAGGAGAUGUUGUUAGAUGUUAGAUUUGUGUUAAGGAAUACUGGCUGGCUGUUUCUGGCUGGCUGUCUGGUGGCUGGCUGGCUGCAUAGCUGGCUGGCUGUCUUUUCUGUCUGUCUGCCCGCCUGCUUGCCCGGUUAUGACUCUGUCACGUUUCCCUUAGUUUCCUUUAUGCCUGUUAAUCUGUCAUGACUCUUGACUCAACAACUGCCUUCUUCUGAGUUUUGAAUAUUAUAAAGCAGAUUAUAUUUGAAAGUAAUGUGAAUUGAAGUUUUCACUCUCUCCCAGCAUGGCGAGGCAGGGUGUGGGUCGUCUCUCUCAUUCCGUCUGUUUGGUAUUGACAUGUCUGUCCCUGGCUCUCCACCUCAUCCUGGCCCUCUUCUGUCUCUCCGUCCUCCAAACAUCCUGCAUUAUCCCCCCCCCCUCCUCCUGUUCCUCCUCUUUGUCUUUUCCUGGAACUGUUCCCCAUGGAAAACAGGGGAGAUCUCACUCCCUUUCCUCACAAAGCAGCUCACACAAAUUACCAGUAAGUCGCAUGAAUGGAGACUUUACCAAAAUGGCCACCCACAUAGACCACAAGGUGGAGGCCUCAUUCAACAUUGUCAAUGAGAAGGAGAAAGAUAAAAAGCUGAUUCAAACCAAAAUGGCCACCAAAGUGGGCCAACGGAUCAGCAGUCGCUCCAAGCUGGAGGCCCUCUUCAGCCACCCGCUGUACAACCUGCCACGCAAACAUCUGCUGGAAGACGAUUGGCUGCUGAAGUUGAAGCCAAAGAACAAGGGAGGGGACAGUGAGGAGGAAGAUGAGGAGGAGGACAGUGACAAAAGCAGUGAAGAUAGUGAGUGGCAGAGUGACAGCGAGGAGGAUGGCUAUGACCGAGCUAAUUGGACUAGAAGUGCGGACACCCACCCUGCCUGGCUGAGGUACCACCUUGGGAUCUCUCGCUGGGAGCUGUAUGACAGGAAUGACCCUAGCGUUGCCGAGGUGACUCAACAGAUGGCCACACAACGCAUCCUCAGCGCAGUGCAGAAGAGUGGGGGUACCCAGCUCAAGCUGAUCAUGUCAUUCCCCAACUACGGACAGGCCCUCCUCAAACCCAUGAGGCAGGAGAGAGAUGCAGAGACAGACUUCAACCUGUUCUACUUCUCUGACUUUGAGAGACACAAUGCAGAGAUUGCUGCCUUCCACCUAGACAGGGUGCUAGGUUUCUGUAGAAUCCCUCCAGUGGUAGGUAGACUCAUCAACAUAACCACAGAGAUCAGAGCUAUCACCACAGACCACAAACUAUCCAGAACCUUCUUCACCUCUCCUGUGGGUAAUUUGUGUUUCCACGGCCAGUGUGAAUACUACUGCUCCACAGAGAACCCAGUGUGUGGUCGACCCCAUGUCUUGGAGGUGUCCCUGGCCUCCAUGCUGCCUGACCUCUCCCUGGCCCCCAGACGCUCCUGGAGGUCCCCUUGGAGGCGGUCCUACAGCCGCACCAAACUGGCUCCAUGGGAGAAGAACCCAGAUUACUGUGACACGGUGAAACAGACUCCUCCAUACAACCAAGGCACCAGACUAGUGGAUCUAAUUGACAUGGUCAUUCUGGACUUCCUCAUGAGUAAUAUGGACAGACAUCACUACGAGACUUUUGAGAAGUUUGGGAAUGACACUUUCCUGCUGCACCUAGACAACGGGAGGGCGUUUGGGCGUCAUUCUGUGGAUGAACCCUCCAUAUUGGUGCCCUUACGACAGUGUUGCAGGAUCCGUCGCUCAACUCUCAUGCGUCUGCGUCUCCUGUCCCUCCCGGGCUUCCGUCUGAGUGAUGUCAUGAGGGAGUCUCUGUCCCAGGAUCCCCUGGAGAGUGUGGCCCCCCUCCUCUCUGUACAACACCUCUCCGUGCUGGACCGUCGUCUGAAAACCAUCCUGCAGGCUGUACACACCUGUCUGGAGCACCAUGAUGAUGUUAUCCAUGAUGACCUACAGGGAUAUGAUGUUAACUUAUACCGGCACUAGACAAUAAUUAAGACUGAACAUCCAUUUACAAAACCAUCACUGCAAUAUGUCUAUCAUUGGAUUCAGCUGUUGUUGAUGAUAAGAUUAUUGUAUUAUCAAUCAAUCAGUUAAUUAUAUGUAUACAUUCAUUGCACAUUUUAACUGUGUGUGUUGCCUAAUGAAAACAAAAAUUAUAAAGUGUUUUAGCAUUA